UCUGAAGCUGAAGCACCGACUUUGGUUCUUUGGAUACAUACUCAACUGUAUUCACAUAAAAUGACGAUCGUAAUUGACUGAAAUUAUUAGUGUGUUGUUGAACAGUCUCAGGUGUACGCGUAUUUUUCAAUUACAGUGAACAGUAAUAUGCUACUUUCAUCAAAAAGUUUACAGAGACAGACAAUCACCGUAUUUUCAUGUGGUUUAACGUGUUUCGUAUUCGGAUUAGGAUUCGGUUGGGUAGCACCUGCGUUAGAUCAUUUAUCAUCCACCUCCAGCACUUUUCCAAUCACUGAAGAUGAAUUAUCAUGGGUGGCAUCGAUGUAUUUUGCUCUAGAAGUAAUCUCGUCAAUCGCAGCUGGCUUUUUUUCCGGUUUCGUCGGCCGUAAACUAAUGAUCACCAUUGGUACAUUCUUGCAAGCUUCAUCAUGGGUGAUACUGAUCGUGGCAAAAUCUGCAACAAUGGUCGUGCUGAGCAGGGCAAUUCUAGGAAUAGCCGCCGGAUUAUUCGAUAUCACGUGGAGCAUUUACCUGGGAGAGAUAACCACUCCCAGCGAACGAGGCAUUUUCGGAUCCAUGAUGAUCGUGUUGGUAAUUGGAGGUGAAAUGAUCGAGUUCUUCUUGAGUUUAUUCGUUUCUUACGCCUAUCUUUCCAUAAUCCCUUUGAUACUUUCACUGGUAUCGUUGACGAUGUGUUUCGUCAUGGUCGAAACUCCGCAAUUCCUGUUCACUCGAGGUAAAAAAACACAAGCUUUGAAUAAUUUAGCUUGGCUGCGCGGCCAAGAUGACGUUAAUAAAGUACAAUUGGAAUUUGACGAAAUGAAGAAUUACAUCGAAGGAGUACAGCAAAAGAAACAUGGCCUAUGGGACGUCUUCAAAUCUCCAGGUGUCAGCAGAGUGUUUGUAAUGUGCGUUAUAAUCUUCGUUUUAGCGCAAUUCACUGGGUAUAUGGUAAUUAUAUCGUAUCAAGCUGUCGUCUUGGAUCAAUACGACGAUAUUCCCAAAGGUAGAUAUCUGACUUUGAUCUUUGGCGUCUCGACGUUCAUCUUUGUUCUGGUCAAUAUAUGUUUCAUUGAAACCCUCGGACGUCGGACUCUGCUACUAGUAGGGUUCGUCUCAUGUGCCGUAGUUCAAAUCUUGACCGCUUUUCUGAUGUACUGUCAGGAGCAUAAUACAUUAGAUACAACCUGGAUACCGAAAAUUAUCGUCGUUUUGUUCAAUUUAUACGGUAUCAUUUUCAUCAUGUGCAUUUUUCCGACUAUUUUUGUACUUAGAUCCGAACUAUUUCCUCAUGAGCUGAAAACUAUCGGCAGUGUAUCUGCAACGGUGAGCAAUGCUUUCGCCGAAUUCCUCGUUACUAAAUUUUUUGUAUUUGUUUGGUAUCGUUAUGGUCUUUACGCGAAUUUCACUUUUUAUGCGAUAGUCAGUAUUGUUUCCAUCGUGUAUGUAUAUUUUCUGGUACCGGAGACUAAAGGUAAAUCUUUGGUACAAAUUCAAAAUGAAUUGGCGAUGAAAAGUACCAAAAAUUCACGUAAUCUUUCAAGUGCUACUAAUAUAUUAAGUUCAUCUGAAUAGAUAAUAGGUAAGAUUUGCAAACUUAUGUACAUAUAAUAUGUACUCUGACUGUCCUAUACUCCUAAAAUAUAAAUAAAAACAAUUUUUUUUUAAAUUAAAGAAUACUAUAAUUAUAUG